AUGUCUACUCCACGAGAGGGUCCAAACCCUUUGAGACCAUACUAUAUACCUCCUUCCGUUGGUCCAAGCGGACCUCAGAAUGGAACCUUUGCCACAAAUGCCGGCAGCAAGCAUGUCUCCUCUACGUCAACAAACAGCUUUGGCUCCUCAGCGCGAAAUAUCCUGGCGGAUAUGGACUAUACAGACUACAUACCCGAGUCUUCGCCCUCGUCUACUGCGGUUAUGAAGGGACUGGUGGAACAGGCAAUAUGGAAGUAUACCAGCGUAUUCCUGGCCCAGCCAUUCGAGGUAGCGAAGACAGUAUUGCAGGUCCAGGCUGGCAGUCAAGUCCAGAAGUCAUUAGCGAAGGAGGCAUUUGUGGAUGAUUUGCACAGAAGAUCUGGCAGCUAUCGGCGAGACUCGUACGAGAUGUUUUCUGAUGAGGACUCGGACCUUGACUCUCCCUCCUACUUCACUUCCUCAGCACCUCUCGCACAUACACCAACUCGACGCUCACGGACACGGCGACGGCAUGGCUCUCCAGAACCAGACGGUGUUCCACGAAUCCACACGCCUCAACCACCUCCGUCAAAACCGCACCAAUCUCCCCACACCCUCGAUCUCAAAUCAUCCUCCUCCGUAUUAGCCGUACUGUCUUCCCACUGGGCAGCAGAAGGGCCUUGGGGAAUAUGGAAAGGCACCAAUAGCACCUACAUCCACUCGAUCCUUCUAUCCACAAUCACCUCCUUUGUCCGAUCAUUCUUCUCUGCGUUUAUGGCGCUACCUGACCCUGGACUCUCUCUCACAGCAACUCCAACUCUCUCUUACGCUGGCGGGCUCGAUAUAUUAUCUUCACCUUCACCAUUCGCCUCGCUAGCUGUAGCCGUCUCUGCUGCCGGCUUAGCGGGCAUGAUACUCACCCCUCUGGACAUAGCUCGCACAAAGCUCAUACUGACACCUUCGACGCAUCCACCCAGAUCGAUAAUUGCGACCUUGAAGACGCUACCCAAAUGGACGUUGCCUUUCUCAAUCGCUCCAGCGGCGAUACUAAAUUCCACGAUACCCACACUAAUCUCAGCUUCGACACCUUUGUUUCUGCGCUCUAAGCUUGGCAUAGAUCCGGUUCUAACUCCCAAUAUGUAUUCUAUUGCAACUUUCGUCGGGCAAGCGUUUGAGCUUGUCGUGAAGCUUCCGAUCGAGACUGUGCUUAGGAGAGGUCAAAUGGAUGUUGCCCGAUCCACCAGCAAAGGGAAGGAAAUGCAAACGAUCGUUGAAGUCGGGCCCUAUCGUGGUUUGUUAGGAACCGUGCACUCGAUCGUCUACGAAGAAGGCGAAAGAGGCCCUCCGGCAGAGUUGGUGAAGGGUACAGCAGGUGCACCGGCCAUGAAGGUAGGGAAGGUUGGUCAAGAGAGGAAGAGGAGGAAAGGGCAAGGAUUCGAGGGGCUUUGGAGAGGAUGGAGGGUCGGAAUGUGGGGAUUAGUGGGUGUUUGGGGAGCAGCGACAUGGGGAGGCGUUGGCGGGAAGGGUGGAGAAUUCUGA